GCCCAGGCUGCCCAGGGAGGUUGUGGAGUCUCCUUCUGUGCAGACAUUCCAACCCGCCUGGACACCUUCCUGUGUAACCUCAUCUGGGUGUUCCUGCUCCAUGGGGGGAUUGCACUGGAUGAGCUUUCCAGGUCCCUUCCAACCCCUGACAUUCUGGGAUUCUGGGAUUCUGUGAAAUGCAUCCAUAGCAGGAUGAAGCUCAGCCACCAAACAUGGAGAAUAGAUGCAUCUGGUGAGCAAACAAGGUAGGAAAACGUAGUCAUAUGCAUGACCUCCCAAGAUACCCUACAAUAACACAGAACCAAGCACCCAGUACUGGGCGGGUGUCCGCAAAUGCUUGUUCACAGCCCUCCAGAGACCCGACAAGAACACUCACAUCAACACCCAGGUGUUCGAGAGGUCUCUUCAGGUGGUUCAGCCCAGCCCAGCGGGUGCUGGUUCCCACACACCCAGUGCAGCACCAAGAGGCACUGCAGCCCUGCCCCCUGCACCCCAAUCACUCAGGUGCAAUUCUGGGCUCAAGGGAACACAGCCCACACCUGAGGGGGGACUGCCAGGACAAGUGCUACCUGCAGAGUCUGUGAGGGCCAGUGGUCACCUGAGGUGGAACUGCAGUCCUGCAGUCACCUGGCAGGGGUCAAGGAGGACGAACAGUCACUUGGGAGGACUGUAAGAACCAAUGUCACCUGAGGUGACUGUGGGGACCAAUGAUCUGUGUGGACGAAGAGCACCCUGCCCCUUUUUGUCAUUUCCUGACUGAAGGAAGUGACAAUAUCAAGGAACAAGAAGUUGAGACCUCUCCUACAGCAUGUAAGAAAGUGAAGAAAACAAGAAAUAAAAAAGGCAUGAGGGAGCCUUCACUAUGCGGCUGCUCCGGAUCUCCACCUUCCAAAACAGCUCCUUUGUGGACACGGAGGGCAUGGGCCUGCUGGAAGACAUCGAGCUGGGUUCCCUUGAUCAGCAUACCUGGAAAAUCCGCUUCCACCAGCCCUGGGUACGCCCAGCCCUUCCCAGUGGUGACUGGGACGCGAUGGAGAACAUGAUCAAGAUCUAUUUGCAACAAUUCAACUACCAGUUCAAUGAAGGUGCUGUGCAGAAUAAUGUACCCUACCCCAUUGUGUUCCAAGGCAUGGCGGGCUGCACGCUCUACCCCAACAAAACCUCCCAGGCCUUUGUGCAAGUGGCCUACAAUGGCCAGGACUUCUUCAGCUUCUGUGUGGACGAUGUCACUUGGGUCCUCUCCCAAGACACCGACUUGUCACAGUAUGCCCAGUCCAUUAUCCAGAAUUAUACUGCCUUCACUGACAUGCUAACCGUGCUCCUCAACGACACCUGUAUCGACUACAUGGAGAGGUUACUGCACUAUGGGAAGGCAGCUCUGGAGAGACAAGAGCUGCCCGUGGCCACCGUCUUCGCCCGCACACCCAGCCCAGCCCAGCUCCUGCUGGUUUGCCGCGUCACCGGCUUCUACCCGCGGUCCAUCAGCGUGGCCUGGCUGCGGGAUGGCCAGGAGGUGCCGCCAGGCCCAGACACCAACACCAGCGCCAUCCUGCCCAACGCCGGCCUCACCUACCAGCUGCGCAGUGUCCUGGCCGUGGCCCCCCAUGACGGGCACAGCUACGCCUGCCGCGUGCGCCACCGCAGCCUGGGCACCCGCAGCCUCCUCAUCCCGUGGGGGUACUCAGAUGUGGUGCUGAUUGCAGGACUUGUGGCUGGGCUGCUGGCAGUUGUGGCCAUGGCUGCCGUCAUGGUGUUUUGGCUGUGGAGACGCAGGUGAGGCCCUUUCUGUCCCAGGGAGCUGCAGUGAAUUAAUGGUGCUAAUUACAGGAAACACCAAAGGAAAAAAAAAAAUAAAGUGUGUUUGUGUUGCUA